AUGCUAAACGAGUUAUUCCACCGCUUCGAUCGUUUAGUGGUCAUGCACAAGGUUUACAAGGUGGAAACUGUAGGCGACAGUUACUUGACCGUUGGAGGCAUACCCGAACAACUUUCGGAGCAUGCGGAGAUGAUUUGUCAUGUGGCAAUCGGUGAGUUCCAAAAAUCACAUCCUAAUCAACUUACAAACAGUAAAUGCUAUAGUCUAGUCAGCGCUCGCAGAUACAAGCGUAAUUGCGGACAUUCUCGGCGUCUGUCCCUUAUCGUGCCUCUUUUAUCUCUGACCGUCUGCUGUCUCCCCUAUACACGACUAUUUUAUGACGCAGUCUCUGCGUGCGGUGGAUCUCCCGUAGAUGCUAUUUUUUUAUCAUCAAGAUACGUGUUCCAGGUAUGGUAUGGGAAGCACGGUCAGUGUUCGAUCCCGUUGGCAAGAAACCACUCCAAAUCCGCAUUGGAAUCCACUCAGGACCAUUAGUU